CAAUUUCAGCCUGUUCAGGAUGAAGCCAAUGUUCCUCAUAGACUAAUCAGGAUAUUGCAGGUGCAUCCAUUUAGAAAAACAGCCAGUUGUAAUGAUCCCAGAAUAUUUUUAUGGAUACCUCACCGAGGCAUCACAAAUUUGCUACCAGCUGCCCUUUAUGCGCUCUAUUCGCUCUCAGUUCUUCUAGCGCGUCAUAUAUUGAAAGCCCAUGAUGGCGUGCUACCUUUUGUAGGGGCUAUUUUUCGAAGAAGUAGAGAACGUGGACCUGCUGGAAAAUGGAUUUUUAUGAUAAGAAGAAUAAAAGAAAAUAUUGAAGAAAAACGUAUCAUGGCUCACCUUGAAGAUGAACACAAAGCAAUAAACAAGUUAAAAUAUGUCAUUGAACAUUUCAUACUCUUCACAAUGAGUGUAUCUUAUGUUAUGGCAAAUUUUACCAUGUUGGUAUGGUCAAUUAUCUUUGUAACUCAAAGAGGUCUAGUUCUAUUUAUUUGGGCCAACUUAAUUUGGAUUAUACCGAACGGUAAAGCCGCCAUGUUGAAGUCAAGUCCCUUUUUGGUCGGGUUUCUGUGGCUUCAUUUGGGCCUACUCUACACAUACUCUUCGAAGCUCACUCGGAGUCUAUUCAUAGACUCUGUGUGGUAUUUCAGACUUUCAGCAGGUUCUGACGUCUCCGAUAUGGCCUGGAUGCAUCUCCUGAUUCAGUCAACAUUUGGCAUCCUCGUGUCCUGCGCCAUGAGGCAGUACUUCCACGAUAAAAGGAGGAAAAAAGCAGAGCAACAAUUGGAUGAGAUAAUGGGCGCCCGUAGUAGAUUUAAUAUGGUAUUAUCAAGAUCUGUCGUGCUUACAACGACUGCAGGCUUUUUAUGGAAAUGGUUGGCCCUAAUCUGGAUCUGGAUGGUUGUUAUGUUAAUGAUUUGGAUGGAAUUCUGGGGCACAAGCAACGCAUUUAGGAUCAUGUUCGUCGCAUUGGCAAUAUUUCUAGUUAUGACUUUUCAGUUGUGUUCUUUUGAAUUCUGGAAGAAAUCUCUGAGAAUUUACUGGUGGUUUCUUAUAGGUUAUGCUAUGGCAAACUUUGUAACGUUUUAUUUGUACGAGAGUGGCAUGACUCGGAGAUUGCUUUUGCAAUACGUUGGUACAGAAGAACAAUUUUACAAAUUCGGACUGGAAAGGCACAAGUACAGCGAGCGAUAUAAACCUCUUUUGAACCCGUUGUUUUUUCAACUUGCCAUAAUCAUUCAGAAGAACUAUCUUCAGGAGACAUUCGACAAAUAUACUUCGCCCUUGAAAGAAACUGAAUAUAAACGCCGGAAGAAUUAUAGCCCUUGGAUGAAAUUCAUGUAUUAUAUCAUCCUAAUGAAGAAUUUAGCUUUCCAAACACUUUGCGUGCAUUUUCAGAAAAUUCUCCUUUUACUUGGAUGGUUUGUCUGCGUUUACGAUAUGUGCGCGUUUAACAUGGUCUUCGCCAUUCUGCUCACCGUAUCCUGCUUUAGCGGUAGAAACUUUGCAUUCAAGAUAAUCUACAUCAUGUCUGCCUGGAAUCAAGUGUUAAUUGUACUAAGACUGCUUUAUAUGAACCUCUACACAUCGCAUAAGCAGUGGGACUAUGUAGGACACUACACUAGAAACGGAAUUGAGUACAAUAUUACCCUAAACAAUGCCAAAUGGCUAGGUUUUCAAGAAUCCAGGCUCGGGUACCGCUAUGCUGACUUCUAUAACGUAGCUUGGUCGUUCCUGUUCGUUGCCGCUGUCACUUUGUUUCGCGUGGUGCAAAUAAGGCAGGUUAACUACCGACUGGCGAGAAACCUACCUACCAAGAGACCAGACGUUAUAUUCCCAGGCAUCGACUACGAAAAUUGUCACUACAGCUCCUGGAAUAUGAUGAAGUAUAUUGCCAAUUUUGGAUUUUAUAAGUUGGGAGUUGAGAUCAGUGCGGUAGUUGCUAGCAUAGUAUUAUUUAUUAGGAUGGACGUAUUCUCAAUUCUAAUAUCCCUAAUUUUAAUUGGAAUGUGUACAGUUAAGAGAAAAUACAAAAGAAUGGUUUGGUAUUUAAUCCUAAUCGGGAUGGCUAUUCUGUUACCUUUCCAAUACUUUAUGACAUUAGGAAUUUGUCCUGCGUAUUGGGAUAUAUCCUUGACAAGAUAUUGGAACGAAAAUAACACUAGACUGCGACUGCAACAGUUUCUGAACCAAAUGAACUUGGUGUACCCACCAAAAGCUAUGCUGCUACUCUUCGACUUUGCAUUAUUCAUGUGCGUGGCCAGACAAUGGAGGGCCUUUAAGACCGAGAAAAAAUUUGCCCAAAGAGAUUUCCCUGGUGGAAGUAACGAAGAAGUUUAUCAUUUAAUUGACGACCCGACUGUCGUCAAUCCUGUGCCAGAUUAUGUCAGUAAUACCAGAACUUCACUGGAUAUCUACAAGUACGUUAUUUUUUCGAGCUCGUAUUAUGUGUCGCUGUUGUUUACGUUCCUGGCGGGCACCAUGCGACCCACCUUCUACUCCUUUGGUUACAUUCUAUUCGCGUCGAUGCUGGCGUGGGAAGGACGGGAUAUGUUUCUCAGACCACCUAAAGGCAUUAUUUUCAGAUGGAAUCUACUUAUAUGCUACAAUAUCCUGAUCAUGCUGUUGAGAUCAAUAAGUCAGAUAUUUGGUUGUGUUAUAAUUCAUAACAUCACCCCAGCUUAUUGCAGUAUAUUUCAAGUACUGUCAUUAGGAUGUGUAGACAAGCUGGGAUCUUACAGUAUAUCUGGACUAGACGAUCAUACCCAUUGUGACUUAGAGAAAGGUGGACUGGGUGCUGGCUGGGACACGGCUUGCUUCGUCUUCCUCAUUUUGCAGCAGAGGGUCUUUAAAUCGUACUACUUCUUUCAUAUUGUCAACGAUGCCAAAGCGGAAACGAUCAUAGCCGAUCGGGGAGCCUCAAUUAUAGAAACAGUAAUGGCGGAGAAGAAGGAACAGAUAAAAAAACAAAAUAAAAGUAUAAAGGACAAUAUGGAUUUCAAAAUGAAAAAAAUUCGUCUAAAUGCAAAAAAUAUAGCAGCUAUUAGAGGAGGUGACUACCGCUCGUUUGAUCAAACAGAACGUAAUCUUAAUAUCCCCCUACUACCACAAACUGGUCCUAACGUAGAUCCUGAUUUUGACCCGACAGAUCCAAUGGCUUGUUCUGAGUUCCUAGCUUUAUUAAUAAAAACGAGUGCACUCAGUGUACUGGAGGAAAGGGAGUACAGACAGCUUAUGAAGCAGUAUCUUAAAGACAAGGUGGCGAACAAGAAAACUCCAAUGCCUAAAAAACCAGUUCCAGGUGAACCUAGACCAUCUACUACAGAAGAAAGCGAACAUGUGAAAGGUAAAAUUAUGACUUAUCUGCUGCUAUUAUGGGCCUUUUUUGAAGGCGUGAUUGUUUCAUUGACAUCGCUGUUCAACUGGGGUACUCCACUUUUCAGGCAAAUCCGUUCAGAAAUCAGUAGCGAGAAGAACAUGUUAAAAAAAAAUCCGUAUAAUCUUGUCGGAGAAAGGCUAGGCAGAAGUAAAAUAUGGUCGCCGACUAAAACAUUAGAGACCAUCGAACAGGAAAAUUUUAGUCCUAAGAAACCUAAUAUACCCCAGUAUGAUGUUGGGGUUCGGCUGUCGGAGGAUGAAUUUCUUAAGCGCAAGGGAUUCGUUAUGAGUGAACUGUUACAAAGGCAGAAAUUUGCCUUUUCCAUAUACACAAAAUUGGUGAGAGCGUUUUUGUUCACGCUAUUGCAUUAUUCCGAAUGGCUGUGCUAUACUUGCAUCAUCGCAAGACACGUUUACCGUUCAGAUUUCAUAUCUCUACCGUUACUGAUUAUGGUAUUUUGUUGGGGUUCGCUAACCAUGCCGAAACCCUCGAAAACCUUCUGGAUUGUUGUCAUCGCCUAUGUUCUGAUAACACUCCUGAUUCAAAGUUUUUUCGUAAUGGACAUAGCCGACUGGAAUUCUUUAAGAUUUGAAAACAAUAUUUUUUAUCCGCCGAAUAUAGUUGGACUCCAACGAAAUUUGAGCACUUCGUUUGCCAUAGCCAUGUUGGCCUCCUUAUUUUUCCAUAGGUAA